AUGUUGCCAUUAUGGAAGAAGUACUCGCUCGAGGAAGAGCUUUUCGAGGCCGCCUUCGUCCUUUGUCGGCCGCUUGUGAAAGGCGCGUUCAACAGCGCACAAGCAGAAUAUGACAGCUUUCCUCCCAUUGAUCAAACUUGGAACACCGGAUGCGUACUUUCGGUGUGGGACUCUGACUUGGCCGAGACGUGGAUUGAGAAGAAUUACGACCGUGCACUUUUGGUCAGGCUCCGCAAGAGCGGUGCAGAGGGCCCAUUUCCUUCAAUGUUGACUCUGGAGUCAGCUGCAUUGACCGUCUUUGCAACUUUGUCGGGACCGCUCAUUAGGACAGCCGAGGAGCUUGCGAAAAUUUCCGGCUUUCCUGUUAUUGUUCGUCCGCUUGAGGAAUAUCCUUCUCGGUUGAGAGCGGGUGCCAACAUGCAAAACAGAUUUACUGCAAAGAGUCAACCUUCCAGAAGCAGCUCGCCCCAAAGCGACACUCAACGUACCACCAUUCACGCCCAGGACGAGGAGACGAAGGCACCAGAAAGACGACCAGAGAAUAGAGACACUGAGGACGAAGAAGGACAAGGACCUCCUCCUCCUCCCCCACCACUCCUCCAUGGUGCAAACUCACAGGAGAUCGUCCACACAACAGGCACUACUUUGAAAUUUUCAAGAAACGCACAAGACUGUGGAAGCUCUAUUCAGCUCACAACGCAACUCAAGCUGUAUCCUCCAAAUGAAAGGGAACCCCGAGUGCCUUUUUUUGGGAUCGAAAGGGUGCCUGAACCUUAUAUUAAAAGCCACAUCCGUCUCGAAUUCAAGAGUGAUGAUUCGACCGAGAUAGACAGCGGUCUGGGAUCAGUUGGCGUCCUUGCCAAAAGUCCAAGCUACUUGAAGGCUGCAUAUCUUGACGACAUAGAGCACGUUCGAAUCGCUGGGGGUAAACCUUCUCAAAGCUUCAAUGUCGUGGAGGGAAAGAAUACUACACCUUCAACUGAGGCCGAAGAUGUUCAGAGAUCUGAGAUAUUGCUCACGGACUUUCUCCGAAUGGAUUCCGAUUGGGAAGACACAACAUCUUGCUACCGGGGAGUCAACACUAGGAUUCGUCGAAGGGGAACCAGUGAACUGCCUGCCUCUGGAACUGCCGUUGAAGUGAAAUAUGUCGUAGAUGUGGCAGUCAGAAGCCUGGAUCGUGAAGAGAUUCCCAACGUAUCUUUCAUCUAUUGCCACCAAAUACACUGCUGGGUAAAAGGUGAAUCCAAAGCAGGCAUCAAAGGCAUCGCUCUGCUUGCCGCGCAUAUUAUACCGAAUAUGUUCAUAGAGGAGCCCCUCAAUAUCUCGCAUUGUGGUGAGGUUGACCUGCGAAAUUCAAACAUUGGGCAGACGAGCGAAGAUAAGGAGUUAGCUUCUACGAGGUGGCAAACCGUGAAGGACCAUUUCACUCGUGGAAUCACAAAAGUGCCAGGAGUGCAACAAGGCUUGGGUCUGUACCGGAGCAUUUUCUCGUUCAGAAACCGGAAGACAAAGAGCAAGGAACAAGACUCGAGUCGUGUUUGUGAAACUGUCGGCUGGGACUACACGAAGAAGACGUGGUGCUAUCCCAUUUGGCCGAAGUUGGACUUCGAGCUACAACCUUCGCUCCCAGGAUCAAAAGCAACAUGGGUUUUGAAGUGGGGAGAUGGAGACGGUGUCGACCGCACCAGCUGA